CACUGAUGUAUUGGGGGCUUAUUCUACCAUCUUAUUUUGUAAGAUCUGUUCUCCCUUGCUUAUUAUGACACUGAUAAGUUUUUUAUAAUCAUUUUUUUCUCUAUACGUUUGUAUGCUAUAGAUUACAUUUCUGUUAAUGGUUUACCCUUAAUUUUUUAUCACACUAUAUACAAAUAUAAAAAUCCCUAAGUUACUCAAUAUCACAAUAUUUGUCCAAAGUAUGCUUUAAUUGCCACUGAACAUCCUCUCAGUUUCUUUGUCAUUAUUGUCUGGCAUUUAAGUUUCAUGAACGGUAUUGUUAUCAUAACAUGCAGUUAACUGCACAUUACUCUGCACUCACAUUUUCAUGAUGAAAUACAUCUUUCAAGGAUAUCUUCUUCCAGCAAGAACAAGUCCAGUCAGUAGUAAACACUUACUACCCUGUGAAAAUACUAAAUGAAAAUUUUAGCUGGGUAUAGAAUUGUACUUUUGCUUAGCACUUUGGUGUAUUGCUCCAUCGUCUUCUAGCAUCUAAAGUGCUCAAAGAGAGGUCUACUGCCUAUCUAAUUUUCAUAUCUAUUUAGGGAAUAUAUCUGUUCUCUCUGAUAACUUUUAAAAAUCAGUGGUCUUCAGUUUUACUAUAAAGUAUGUAGAUAUGAAUUUAUUUGUAUACUCAGCUCAAUACUCAGUUAUACUGAUGGCUAAAUCUCAUUUAUUCUAGAAAUUCUAGAUGUGAGCGUCACUUCUUGGUCAUUUUCUCUAUUUUAUUUUGGAACUCUUACUAGUUAUAUACCGGAGUUUCUGAACUCCUUAUUUUUUUAGCUACUAUUUAUUAACUAUUAUUUCACUUUUUUUUAAUAUCUCUGUGCUGUUUUCUAAGAACUACUAUCCAAAAAUAGUCUAAAACUGUUAUUGAGUUUUAAGUUUUCAAUAUCUUUAUUAUUUUAUUGUUACUACUAUUUAGCUUUGCCAUGUCUCCUAAAUUUUCUUUUCUAUUUUUUCUGUUUUAUUUUUCCAAUAGUUUGCAAUCAAAGUACAGACGUGUAGAGAGAUGCGCCACGGCUUCGGUAGUGACCGCCUCUCUACCGGGUGUGAGCUUCGCCAGGCCCUCCCCCAGGAGACCGCUGCAGUCGGCCAGCUCCUGCUCUUUGGUAACCAUGUGUGACCGAAAGGCUGUAAUCAAGGAUGCCGAUAUGUCGGAGGAGAUGCAACAGGACUCAGUGGAACGUGCUACUCAGGCAUUGGAGAUAUAUAAUACAGAGAAGGACAUUGCGGCCCAUAUCAGGAAGGAGUUUGACAAGAAGUACAACCCCACCUGGCACUGCAUCGUGGGGAGGAACUUUGGUAGUUAUGUGACACAUGAAACCAAACACUUCAUCUACUUCUACCUGGGCCAAGUGGCCAUUCUCCUGUUCAAAUCUGGUUAAAAGCAUGAACUGUGCCACACACCCAGUGAUCCAUCCAAAAA